AUACUGGAAAACUGGAUAAGACGGCCUUCGGCAAAAAACCCCCACUCCUCUCCCCCUUCCGUCCGGCCGCCUCACCCAUCCGCCAUCCGGCCAUCCCAGCGCUACCAUGGCCUCGCUCCACCCCGCGACGGCCACGCUACCCCCGCGGCAAUCCCUCGCGCCCUCUCCCGGCGCGUCGUCACUCUCGUGGUACGCCUCCAUCGCCGUCUCCCGCAUCCCGCCGCCCCCUCGACUCGCGCUCCACUCGCUGGCCCCGGCUCACGGGCCCCGCAACCGCCAGAGCCUGGUGGUGUGCGCGGCGUGGACGCGGCGCUCCCGGAGCGAGGCGGAGCAGCGGCCCAACCGCAAGUCCUGGAAGCAGCGCACGGACAUGUACAUGCGCCCCUUCCAGCUCAACGUCUUCUUCUCCAAGCGCUUCGUGCACGCCAAGGUCAUGCACAGGGGCACCAGCAAGGUCAUCGCCGUCGCCACCACCAACGCCAAGGACCUCCGCCUCACGCUGCCGUCCCUCGUCGACGACAACGCCUGCAGGACCAUCGGGAGGCUCAUCGCGGAGCGGUCCAUGGACGCCGACGUCUUCGCCCUGGCCUACGAGCCCAAGAAGAACGAGCGGAUCGAGGGCAAGCUCGGGAUCAUCAUCGACACCAUUAAGGAACAUGGCAUCAUAUUCGUCUAGAAUGAUGGUAAUCACAAGCACUUUGACCUGGAGAUCCUUCAAUCUGUCAUAUACGUGGCAAAAGUGGACAAACUGGCGAGAACAAAGCACAUAUUGCUCACCUUUGGAUCGACACUUAAGACACCAAUCUGGGAUAGUGUUCGUCCAAAAUUUACCAUUUGCCCCAUUUGCUGAUGAUUUGAACUUUCCUGUGAACUUGGAAAUCUGAAGGUAGCUCAAAUUCAACACUUAAUAAGAACAGACAUUUUUUAGAAUCACAAAGCCAGCUCCUGGAAAAUCUAUAAUUCUAAUAUUUAUGCAUAUGAUGCAUUUCAUAUUACAAGAAAUUGCUGAAAAUAGAAUGCUGAAAAUAGCAAGCAAUGCUGAAAAUAGCAAGCAAUGGAGUGAAGAACCUCAUUUAAACUCUAUCUUUGUCAUAUAGUUGAACAUAUAUAAUCAAGGAAACACAUGCAUAUAUGCUAGAUUUCAGUUUGGUCGAUGUUUGACAAAACAAGGAGCCCCACAUGACCUCGUGGAGAUGCUUCUCCAAUAUAAAUGAAAAACGAUGUUAUGAUUGACUCAAAAACAUCAAUGUUGAAAGAAGCAACAUUAGGAAUUAAAAUGUCUUCAAAUAAGCUUUCACAUGACUAGCAAUCAGUGCGUAUGCUUACUCAAAAGGGAAGGGCAUGCUUACUCUAAAGGGUAGGCCUGGGCGUGAUGAACUCUCUUAGCUGCUGAUUACUUCUUGAUGCCCUUAUAUAUCUUCUAUAUACAGAAGUUAGUUUUAAAGAAUCACAAGCUGUGGUUCAAACUUUAGAAUGGUUUCCUCAUUUUCCGAUGGACUGUCAGCGGAUUCUCCAGCAGUAUGCCUUCAUUGGAGUUAGCAACCAUCUGUUGACUUGGUAAGCUCUUCAGUCUGCGCUUCAUUUAAAUAGAGUUUCACCUUCUCUGUAUGUAUUUUUUAGAAGAUGUCGGCAACAAUAUUAAUGAUCCUUGUGAUAAGGGGUACAGUGGUGGGGUUCCUAAACUAGUGAUAUCUUCUUGUGGCUUGAAACGUGACAUCAAAUCGACUCAGAAAUUCUAAGAAGCUUUGGCAUGCUCAAGGUAGUGAUUGGAUAAGGAUGUUACAGGUUUUCAGUUUUCAUAUAGAAAACAAACUCUACAAUCUAUUGUUCUCACUUGAGUGGAAUUUAAUGCUCAGACAAGGUUUUGAUGCAUGACUAAGUUUUGGAAAUUGCCAUUCAUACUUAGUUAUGAAAAUUCUUGUUCAUAUUUAAGUGACAUCAUUUUGAUUUUGUUACAUGAAUUCUUGUGCUAUGAAGCAUUGCAUCUUUGUGACCAAAAAGUUCAUUAUGUCGUUACUUAACUGGUCAGUCAGUGUGGGACGGUGGAAGCUACACAUGAUCAUGCCCCUGUUUGUCACAGGGAUUGAUAGUGUGCCAUUAUCAUAGCAUAUGAUCUCGUGCCUACCUUUUUUUCUAAUCAAUGAUCAUAUCCGAGGUUUGGGACCUCCUGGUACCAUAUUAUUGAAGGGGACCAUGAAGUUUGCUAGUUUCUUCCGUCCAAGUGUUACUAAGAAAGCAAUUUUGGAUCUACUUACCCCUGGUUUGAGAACAAGUUGUCCCAUUUGAGUGUUUACAUAUCCUGAAGGCAUUUCUGGGAUUUUCUUCGUUUUGAGACUCUUUGAAGCGUUUCUGGUGCAAUUCUGAUUUUCUUUCUCCUUUCGUACGGGCGCAUGGAGGGAACCCUUUAUGGCACCACUGCUUUGUAAUGUCUACAGUACACUCUACAGUCUUGUUUGCCUGAUGUUCCAUUUGCCUCUACUGACCUCCCAUUUUCCUCCUGAUAUUCCAGUUUCAGGUAUUGGAGUUCAAAUGACCCAAUUGAGCACGAUGUAGUCUGAGGACUGGUAACUGGUAUGUUUUCCAUCUUCCUCGUGAUGUAACUGGAGUUCAUCAUUUGCGGUUCCGUCUCCAGCCGAGUACCGAUCUUAUCAUUCAUGCGGAGUUCUGAAGUACGAGCAGCUGCAACGAUUUCAGACGGUGACGGACCUGUUUUCCAUGCAGGUCCGGGACUAAAAGCACCCCAUGGAAACUGGGCCCAGUUCCCCUUCAGCAUAUAUCUUUCUAAUCAGAGGCCCUCAAUAUGAUUGAACAUCUGUUUCUAAGAGCCCAGCGUCCUCUAAAAAAUAAAGCCCAGCAUGAGCGCUCUGCAUCA